UUAACCCUUUUAUCAGAAAUGAUUAUCUUUUGGCAUAGAGAUUGAAAAACUGUAUGAAUAACAGAAGGUGGAUCAUCAGCAAGUUCAGGAAGAAGAAAAUCACACAAAUGAAUUCUGCUUGCUAGUGUGAACUGAGGCUGAGACCAAGAGGCUUAACCUGAGAUCACACUAGCAAGCAGAAGUCACUCAUUUCAUGUGUUGUGAAGAAAUAGCAAGGUUCAGAAAUACAAGCUGUCUAUAAAGAUAUAAGUUUUAAGCUCUGCAAAAUGGACGGUACUGAAAACUAUCACUCUCCAACAGACAUAGAGGAUGAUAUUUAUGUGAAUACAGAAGACUGUCGCGCAGAGCUGAAAAAUUCAGAUAUGUCUGACCGCACUGAGCUGAAAGACAAGAAGAAUCCAGGAAAGAUCUUCAGAUAUGCUUUUGGUCUCCUCCUAAUACUUGGUGUUUUAUUAACACUCUGUGUUGUAGGGAUCCUUUAUCACAAUAAAGUGGUUUCAUAUGAGAUAUUAAGUGAGCAGCAUUCUAAUGUUACUGAAACACUGAUGAUGCAGGAACAUGAAGCCAAGGAGAUAAAAGAACUGUAUGAAGCACUGAAGGUGAAGCAUCAGCAAGUUCAGGAAGAUCUUGCUGCUUGCAGUGCAAAUAAAAACAAUGGACAAUGUGAGAAAGGAUGGAAGUCUCUUGGUUUAAAGUGUUACUACUUCUCGACUGUUAAGAAGAACUGGGCACAGAGUCGAGAUUACUGUGUGGAGAAAGGAGGUCACCUGGUGAUUAUAACCAGUCAAACUGAACAGGAUUUUGUAGUUUCACAAAGUAGAAAAACACACUGGAUUGGCUUGAAUGACUUGGAGACUGAGGGUCAGUGGAUGUGGGUGAACAAAAAGCCUUUAAAGGAGACAUGUGUAACGUUCUGGUAUAGUGAACCUGGGAGAGCAAAUGAGCCUGAUAACUGGAAAGAGGAGGACCCUUCUGGAGAGAACUGUGCUGCUCUGGGUCAUGAUUUCUUUGACACAGAUAAAUGGUUUGAUGCUUCCUGUCUUAAGCAGAAACAAUUUAUCUGCGAAAAAUAAAACACCACUGUUUCACUCCAAUUUGUGUAAAUAGCAGCUUUAACUUUACAUGCAUGUUAACCACUUUUUGGACUAGAGGGAAUCUUUUACAUUAUCUUUAAUAUUUCACCUUUUAAAUGGUCUUGAAUUACAGACCUGCAGGUUAGAAGAUUAGGUGAUAUAAGAGAAUGUAUUUUUCAGGCUUUUCUCUUGCUGUCUUGUAGAAACUUUAGUAUCUGACAGUUUUACUAUUCUGAAUCUAAAUAAGUUUAUUUCUUUGAAUGACACAGACAAUUAGACUGGACAAUUAUAACCAUGAAGAUGUUUUAAUGACUUAUCAGAGGUUCCGCUUCAGAGUUUAAUUAUAUCUUUAAACUAAUCCAGUCACUUUACUUUACUUCUAUGGGACAUUUAUUUGUGGAUUCAAUAAAUACAGUCUAUAGCCAGGAGCAAAUUACCCCUUCUGGACACUUCUGAACGUUUUCGUCCAUUAGGUGGCAUCGUUUCCCCAUUUUUAGACAGGCUUUUUUACAUUGAGUUAAUGCUGCUAGAAAGCCUGAACACACAUCCUCUCUCUCUUUUUCACACACACACACACACACACACACACACACACACACACACACA